AUGAGAUCUAUUGUUUACUUUGUUGUCUUCCUGAUCAGCUUCCUGGUUUCAAGCCUCUUUGAGGGAGUUAAGGCAGAUACAUGUGCCAGGGACUGGCUGCAAUACCAAGGCAACUGCUAUGGCUAUUUUGAGAAUAGGAUGACAUGGGAAGAAGCUGAGAUUGAGUGCCAGAGCUACCAUCGUGGGACCCAUCUUGCAUCCAUCCUCACUGUCGCUGAAGCUCUCGUAGUGGCCAAUCAUAUCUCUGCUUAUCAGAGCGAACGCAGCCAUGUGUGGAUUGGAUUGCAUGACAUCCGACAUAAUGGAAAGUGGAGAUGGUCAGAUGAGUCCACCUACAACUACAAAGCAUGGAUGCUGGGCAGGCCAGACAAUGAAGGACAAAAUGAAUACUGUGUUGAACUGCUAUUGCAUUCUAUCCUUUUCACAGGUUUUACAAAAUGGAAUGAUGCACCAUGCCAGAAAUUGAAUGCCUACAUCUGCAAGCAUGAACUGUAG